AGCUAGAGAGUAAGACAGAGGGAGAGAGCUUUAGCCUGGCUUUUCUCUGCUGUGCCUUUCAGCUCCUCUCUCACUGUAGAAAGAGGCGUGUCCAUGGACCAGUAUAAAGUCCAAGGAGAGCCACUCGUGUUGAGCCAUUCUCAGGAGCGAGUCCUUUACACUGCACACCAGCAAGAGGAGGAAAUUGCAGCUGUUACUUAAAACGCUGCCUUCUGAUGACCUGCUUUGCGUUUGGACACUUGUAGACCAGAUUUUUUGGGGUUUCAUGAGACGGCGGGCGAGCCUCUGGACUCAAACUCGAAGAGAGAGCAAGACUCACCUGAACACAGUGGUGGAUAUCCUUCCUGCAACUGUUCAUUCCAACACAACAAAAAGUAGUUCUUAUCACCACUACAUUCGCCAGCCGAGCAGAUCACGAGCAGGCUCCAAUUUCUGCGCUGUGAAAUUGAAUCAGAGGAACCGAGAGGCAAUACAGCAGAGGCAUUGUAUCCCCGCAAUUGAAACACUAACCAGCUGACAAUAUCAAAGACCAUCCUGGACAAAGCGCUCCUCUCAGACCUCCCUUGUUUGCUCUAAAAUCUGCUGUUGAAGUAGAAAGUCAUCAAAAGCUGCACAACACUCAGAGGAGAGGGAAGCAAAGGGGAGCAUACACGAGGGCAAAGGAUUGCGUGCAGGUGCCGGGGCUGCCAUGGUGCGUGGAGGUGGCGUGGCAGUAGCUCCGUCCUGCUGGAGCCUUUGGGCAUUUGGCGCCCUGUCACUGGUGGCACUGUGCUUGUCGGACCAGGCCAUCCGCUGCCCGGUGUGCUCUGAGGAGAGGUUGGCCAGCUGCCGUCUGCCGGAGGGCUGCGAGGAGACGGUGAGGGAGCCGGGCUGCGGCUGCUGCCCCACCUGUGCCCUGGCAAAAGGGGCUCACUGUGGCGUCUACUCGCCCCGCUGUGGCACGGGCCUCCGCUGCUACCCGCCGCGUGGCGUGGAGAGGCCACUGCACUCGCUGAUGCACGGCCAGGGGGUGUGCACUGAUGAGAGAGAGGUGGAGGAGAACUCAGCAAUGGAGAGGCAGGAUGAGAUCAUCCCUGAGCACCCAAACAACAGCAAUAUCCGGUGCAGUCCACAGGACAAGCGCUGCAUACAGAAGACCCUGGCCCGACACCCUCCAAAAUCCACAAAUCAGAGGAGCAACACUGCCAGAGAGGAGACCAAGGCGGCGCUGGCUCCAUGUCGUGCUGAGCUACAGAGAGCGUUGGACAGAUUAGCAUCAAAUACACGCACACACGAUGAUCUCUUCACGAUUCCCAUACCCAACUGUGACAAGAACGGAGAUUUCCACGCCAAACAGUGUCAUCCUGCACGUGACGGCCAGCGGGGAAAGUGCUGGUGCGUGGAUCAGAAGACUGGCCUGAGGCUCCCGGGUCCGCUGGAGCUGCGAGGGGAUCUGGACUGCCACCAGUUAAUGACUGCUACCCUGAGGGAUUGAGGAGUGGAGUGGCAGUAGGGGGUGCAGGACCAGCUGAAGUCUACUGGUGCUUAUUAGUAGAACUACACGAGGAAAAGGACUUUGCUCUAAAGCCUCACUUCACCUGAGGCCAAUGGUACUUGAGCCUGCGCAACAAAAAAGGAAACCAUUGAAUUGAGUUCUUUUGCUAUUUUGUUUCUGUGUGUGAGAGUAUGUGAUCUCUGAGUCUUUUGAGCACUUGUUGUGUAUUGUUUCUACGAUGUGAACUUAAGACCGUUAGUCUUUAGACACAUGCGCUUUAAAGUUACAGGUGGCAGAAAAAAACCUUCCAAUAACAGUCAUAGUUGUGAUCUUUGUUAGAGCGCGAAAUGUGUCAUUUUCUCAAGUCUAACUUAAGUAGAGUAUUCAUGAAAAGUAAGAAAAUGCAUUGACCCCACCAGAUAAUCAGACCUGAGAUACAACAGGAGUUGUUUAUAAUAUUCUCUCUGGAGCACUAGAUCAGUUGGAAUCGCUGCAUCAGGACAAUCCAGACAGAUGAUCAAUUAAAGGAUCACGUACUAGUUUUUUCACACAAUUUGUGUAAUUGGUUGUAAAGUGUGGCUCUUAUUUGACUGUCCCAUAUGUCGUAAACCCCACCCAUCUGGUAAGUAGGUUAAAACAAACACGAGUCUAGUUCAGCGACGACACAAGAGCAGCAAUAAAAGAUGGGAUGAGAACAACAAAUACAUAAAAAAAAAAGAAACGGGAAACAAAGGAGUGCAACAAUCCCACGCCUUGAGUUACCAAAUGAUAAGCCAUAGCUUUUCACAACAUCAAGACCAAAGUGAAAAGUGAGAUUAGUUUGAACAACUGUAUCUCUGAAAGGCCAGAGUAGAUUUGCUUCAUCACCCCGUGGUUAACUCUGCUUCCUCUCUUUGCCGACGAGCUCUCUCUAGCAUCGUGGUCCAGAGGGACUGGCAGCGUAGCAGGGCUAGAAACUCUGUACACUGCUGAUAGGAUAAUCUUAUUUCUCCAGCUGGUGCUAAGAUGCCAGUGUGACUUUCAUGUUUGUAUGAAUAUGCUUCAACAUACAGGAUUUCUCUCCAAACAGACUGCUUGGCAGAACUUUGGUGGUGCUAUAUACUGAUUGUGCCAAAAUUCAAGACAAAAAAAAAAUGGCUUCUGCACUUUUUGGGCAUUGUUUAGGAUUGGAAGAGAAGACUGGGAUUUUCAGGAAGUGGAGCAAUUAGCAUCAGCAAGUGUGAGGAUCACCUAAAUGUGUGACCAUCUGCACUAGCUACCGGCAAUGGCUGCUUUCCAUGUGUGUAUUCAAUGUUAUUGUUAAAACAUAAAAGGAACAUCCCACAUUGGUGCUGCACUAUCACUGCAGCUAACUGGCUGAAAUGUUUUAUUGGCCAGCGUUGAACACUGCAGGCGUGAUGUGUCUUAAAUAUACAAGCAGAGUGUAAUAAGCUCCUGGCAGCAUAGCAACACCUAGUUAACAUGAAGCUAUGAAUGGAGGGGUGUAGCAGUAAAGAUAGCUUAAUGAUUAUGUGGAAACCAGAGUUUCCUCUGUCAACCUGACAGCGAUAGUUCUCAGUUUUCAUAUCGUCUGUGGGGCAUCACACUACUAAUUAAAGGAGUGUAUUACCAGUGCAAAAGACAUAGCUACUCAUCUGAUAUUUUAGAUACUGUAGGCAAGACUGGUAAUAUUCUUAUAGCAAUUUGAUUGUACUGGUGGUGUGUAUUAUGAGUUCAGGUGAGAGCAGCAGGUUUAAGCUAAUGCUGGUGUUUGUCACCAGCAGAUAUGGACAGCCUGCUCAAUCUGUCCCAUGGGAGACUAUGGUUAUUAUGAACUCAAGCACAAAUUCAUGUUGUGUAGAUGGACAAUGAUUAUUAGUGACACAGAACGACAUAAAUUUUAGCCUAACAAAUCAUCUGUGUGUAGAUUACGGUGCAGUAACGUCAGAUAUGUUAAAAAUAAAGUAGAUUAGAAUGAGACAGAUAUUCACAGCUACUGUCACACAAUUAAUUUUUAGUUCUUUGUUGGUUUUUGUCUCCACAUUCAAUUUUACCUCAAUGUCAGGUAAGCUUUAAAUAGGACUAUUUGAGCACAACACACCCGAGAUGUGGACUUGAGUCACAUGACUUGGACUCAAGUCACAAAUUUUAAAGACUUUGGACUCAACUUGACAAAAUCAAAAAAGAUCUGCAGUUCGACUUGGACUUUUACACCAGUGACUCCUGACUUCACUUGGACUAGAGCCAUCUUACUUGAAAAUACUUGAUAACUACCCCCAAGCCUAAAGAUAAAAAUAUGUUUUGUGUUUACACAAUUCAUUCCCAACAAGCUGACACUUAAUUCCCUAGAUGUGCUUUGUUUAAACCAAUCAAACAGCAUCAAAUCAAAUUGCAGGACAGAAGCAGGAAGAACUUCCAAGAAACUUGUUUUAAUAAAUAAACGUAAAAUGUAAUAGCUUUCAAAAUGUAACAUGACUUGUUUAGGACUAAAUACUCAAAGUUUAGGACUUGGCACCUGACUUGGGGCUUCAGCUCAAAGACUUGAGACUUAAUUGUGACUUACAAAACAAUGACUUGGUCCCACCUCUGCAGCACACUAAAGGGAGGUUCAUUCAGCUCCACACAAAAAAUAAAAAGUGCCAUGACACCCAUUAUUAUCAUUAUUAUUAUUAUUAUUAUUAUUACUAUUAUUAUGCAUUUUUUGCACAUUUUUCCACAUUGAAUUUGGUCUAUUUUGUUCCCUAAAAAGCAGUAGUACACAUAUAUAAAUUGUGGGUCACAGAAAAAUAAAAACCUCUAAUUUUGUUGCCUCUCUCAUUUGAUUAUUGUGCAAGGUAAAGGUAGUAAACCAUGACCUUUAGGUGUAAAAAGUAGUUGCUCUCCCACAAUAAUCUCAAUGCAGCUAACUGUGGACAGUUGAUGUGGGCCAGCCGAUUCCCAGAAUUAAUCUGACAAAUGUUUUCCCUUAUUUCUCUAAUGUAUCAUCAGACGGCACUUAGGGGUGUGAGGGUAAAAUACUUCAUUAUUUGUGCACAGAAAAACUUGGAGGGUGUGUUUAAGUGCACUUUGUCUUCUGCCAUUUUGCAACAAAACUCCCUUAAGAAAUUGAAAUAAAAAUCUUUGAAAGAAUAAUCAGUUUUCUGUAGAUGCACACCCUAUAUGAUUCAUCAUAACAACCUAUUCAAUCAAAAAAUUAUCUGAGGUAACUUCUAGUUUUGUCUCUGUGUUGGCCUAGAUAUUCUGUCGUAUCAGUCAGAAAUCCCAGUCACUGACAGGACUACAUACUAUGAGGAGUUUAAUCACUGAAACCAGUUGUAAAUUUGCUGGAGACAGUGUAUUGCCACUCCACUUUUACUGGUCACUAAAGAAGAAAUGUUUCCAAAGGUAGAUCACCAGAACACAGACGUGGUAUGGGUGGAGAGUCAUAGCUACAGCUUAAAUAUGUCAGAAACCAAAUAUCCUAAAACUCAUUCCAAAGACUACAGGCAAAGUAUCUGGAGACACCAAUACUCGUACAGUGAACUGCAUGCACACAAAAAAAGUUCCAGCAAAUCCUAUUUUAUCAUUCAUCAACUAAUGAAGUGUAACUAAACACAUUCAGACACAUUUGUUUUUGUUUAUUGUAAUCUGUGAGAGAGAUGGCAAAGGGUAAUGGCUUUGACUUUGUAAAAGGCCUUCUAACUACAUAAACGGUGUAUUUAAGCUAUAGUAUGUUGCUUGAUCUCUAACUUUGCUGUACUGAACUGUUAUUGCAUUUCUCGAGAAUAGACUGUUCCUGUUUGCCUUUGAUAUUAUCUAUUAAUGUGUAGAAGAUAUAAAGUAACGUUUGCAUGCAUACAAUUGGACUGGGGUUGGAAUGAGCGGAGGUUUGUGUAUCUUGUCCAGAAGAGGACCGUUAUACUAAAACACUGAAGUGAUCAAAGAACUGAAAUAUAGAGUUUCAACCAAUCAAAAUGAUCAGUCACAUUGUAAAUGUUUACCUGAUGACAAUGUACACAUUGUAAUACAUCAAUUAAAACACUUUAGAAACAAUAA